UUUCACCGCCCCACGCCAUAAUUUGUGUCUUUCAAUCAUCCUGCUUGGCCCUCGUCCUCGAGGCCUCCGGCAUCAGUAUCAUAGUUGCUCUGUUAUGCCUGAAUCGCACCUCUCGCGCAACUGGAUCAAGAUGUGAACGCUACUCGUCGAACUGGCCACAAAGUCAAACGCUCGUUCUCACCCAGAAAGAAGGGCUCCAACAUGCAUUUCUCUGCGUUUCUCGGAUUUCUUCCCCUGCUGGCGAUAUGCUGCAGCGCGAUGGACCCGAAACCAGUGUCAGUGCAUUACUAUGACGACGGCGCAGUGGUGGACUCGGGCAUGUUCUAUGGACAAUGCCAGGACGCUGUGACCAAUUUCGACGGAGAAGCGACUAAUGCAGAGCUGUUCUGCGAGUGCAUACGAUCCGGCAACCACGUGCCGUCGUUCAACAACUCCGCCGAGCUGGCGACCAUGGAGAUUCACAACUUCCUGCCGCUCACAAACCGACUCGAGUACCCGUUCGGCGAGCAGCUGAAAUGGGCGUCAUACCUCUCGCUGUUUCUGAUCAACAGCUUCGCUGACAGCAACAUCCGCCUGCACAACAACAUCUUCGACGCUAACUGCACGCUGGGCAGAGCGACUCAGGCCGUGUCGGACAUCUUUCAGGAUAACGCCGGUGCUGGCAUUCUGGCACCGACGUGCCACUCGGCGAGCCUACUCGUCUCCAGCUUCGGUCAGCACAUGGCCAUGUCGGCACUCAACUACGUCGUGGAGCUCACGCUACUCAACGAUCGAUCCACGUAUUCAUCGGUGUAUCGCAUCGCGCCGACCAACACUCUCUACAUCCAGGGUCUGCUGCCGGUGCUCCAGAACUUCAGCUGGCACCACAUGUCGAUCAUUAUCGAAGGCGGUGGGGUUUUUGCCGAGGGGAUUUCCCUGCUGCGUCAGUAUGAAAGUCCGAACACGUACAGCAUCUCUGAGGCGAUCACUGUCACCAACAUGCAGUUUAGUCCCAAGAAGGUGUGGGACAAGAUACGCAAGACGGGCACACAGCUCAUAGUAGUGCUGAGCCAUCAGCAGAUGGCGGAGUGGACGAUGUGCUCGGCGUUUCACCAGAAUCUCACCACCAACUGCACCGCGGAAAACUCGUUCAUUUUCAUACUGCCAAGCUGGUUCACCGCAAAUUGGUUCAGGAAGAAUGUGACAAUGCCAGGUGAUGACAACAGAACAUUGCAUUGCACGGAGGAGCAAAUGACAACGAUGGUGACCUACUCCCUGUCAAUGAACCGCCAGUUCUAUGCCCAGAACGAGACCAAGGAACUUCCGGUGACGAAAAACGUCAACAUGUCGGUGGAACGCUGGAAGAAACUCAACAAACACAUGUCGAACUACUGCUACUUCGAUGGUAACCCUAAGAUUGCCAAGGUGGAUCCUGUCGAGACGGAUGCAUCCCUGCAUGAUUCCAUGCUGAUGUUCUACAAAACAUUCAAGGACCUAAACAAAACCAUAGGUGAAGCGAGUCCGCCAAUCCAGGUGGGCAGUGAAAGCAAGAAAAAGACCAGUCCGUACCUGCAGUUGGAUGAACGAUUCAACAAGAUCACAGGCGAAGAUCUGCGAGGUCUGCGGUGGCUAUACAUCUAUCUGAUGGGGAAAUUGAACUUCCAGGGUCUUUCUGGGCACGUCUACUUCUUGCCCAACGAGAAGCAGACGUUCAUGACCCUGGACAGGGAAGGCAACCAGGCCUUCAAGAAGCUCAUCAACACUAGCUACCCGGAGAUUGCGCAGAACUUCACGCCGUCGCAACCGACCAGACCAGCACUAGGGGUGUACUAUCAACGCGGUGAAAAUGGAGUCCCGGUGACGGUCGGUUAUCUGCAUCCUGGACAGUUAAUGCCUGAAUUGUUCUACGACAAACUGACAUGGCCGCAAGCAUGCGGCAUUCCCAAUGAUACCCUUUCCUUUGAUAACAUCCAGAUAGGCGGUCUCAGGGGAGGGUGUACUUUCGUUCCGGAAGCUCUGAAAGAGAAUAUGGGCGGAUGUCAAGGGGGGUUGGCCUUCCUCAUGACCACAUCCAUGCUUUUGGUGCUGAUUAUCAUGGCCGGGAUCUGGAAGGUCUGGUACUCUAGAAAGCUGUCGAAUGCCAUUGCUAAGCACACCAAGCCAGAAGAAGAAGAGGAGUUUGUUGUUCCCGAGCAGAUCGCCAGCAAGUGGGAGAUCGCACGCGAGAAUAUUGUCAUUAACCGGCGUCUUGGAGAAGGUGCAUUUGGUGCUGUAUACGGCGGAGACAUAGUUGACGAAUCGCAAGAGCCGUCUUGUGUUGCCGUCGCGGUUAAAACUCUUCACAGUGAUGCAACGAUUGUCGAGAAGAGAGAGUUCCUGGCGGAGGGACAAAUGAUGACCCAAUUCGACCACACCAACAUCGUGAAACUGAUCGGGUUCUGCACGAAAGAGGAGCCGUUCUAUGUGGUGAUGGAGCUGAUGAUGCAUGGCGACCUCAGAGCCUUUCUGCUCUCUCAUCGGCACUUGUGUGGGACUGCAGACCCGAGCGAACUCUGUCGACGGCGGUUGACAUCGGUGGUGCGGCAAGUUGCCAGUGGCCUGGAAUACUUGUCGAGUAUCAACUUUGUACAUAGGGAUAUAGCGGCACGGAACUGCAUGGUCACUGUCAACUAUCUGGUAAAGAUUGGCGACUUUGGAAUGUCACGGCGGAUGGCAAACAGUGACUACUACCGCAUCAAAGGAGAAGCACCGCUGCCUGUUCGCUGGAUGGCCCGUGAGUCUUUGUUCGAUGGCAGAUUCGACGUGAAGUCCGACAUGUGGAGCUUUGGCGUGGUGAUGUGGGAAGUGAUUACUUUCGGUGCACAGCCAUUCCCUGGCAAAAGCAAUGCCGAAGUUAUUCAACACAUCCGUGAGGGAGGCAAGCUCGAGAUACCGGAAAAGUGCCCGCAAAAGCUGCGCAAUUUGAUACUGUCUUGCUGGACAGACAGCCCGGACGUACGGCUGACUGCCGAACGUGCUGUGAGCAUUCUGGAGAAUGACAAGGAGAUCGUUGUAGCCUGCGUGAAGCAAACCCUCCGCGUUGGCAGCAGCUGGAAAGUACUCCAGCAUGCGCUUUCAUUUUCGUCCAAGCAGGGCAAGCCGGGAAAAAGCCAGAGCUUGAGGAAAGCAGAUGAAGGUCGGAUCAAGCGACCCGUGAGCGGAAGUGCUGACUCGCCAAUCACCUUCACCAACACUUGUCAGGAAGAGCCAGACGAAACGAAAGAAGACAUGGUACCGAACGUUCUGUACGGAAAGAGCUUGGACAGUGCGAUACCACUCGGAAAACUAAAUCCGGUAUUUUCAGAGGGAGACCCAGAGGCCGGUGAUGAUGCGGAGGAGGGUGGUGAAGAUGGAGGCUACAUGAACACCGACUUGCAAUAGUAACUUCACUGCUUACCCAGCUACCGUGUCUAAUGGGAAAUACCGAACUGCUGGUCAUGCACCAUUAACUAGAUCAUGGCGCUUCGCUGGUCGAUUGCAGCGGCUCCCGGUAACGUUACUCGAUUAUUCUGCGUUGGCGAUAGGAUGCACAGUGCGACUGCCUGCGUCUCCAUGCCAAGCCAGUCCCGCUUCCAUGAACAAGCAAGAGGAGCUGCCGGGCGAGUGGAUCACAUCUAGCCUAGAACUACACUCAAUUAUUUCUUUGCAGCAUACCGGUAGCGCUGCAUUGUAGGUCACACUAAUAAGGUGUCGACUACUAUUUUUUGUUCACUUCCUGGCACAUUGUGUCCUCCAAUCUUGGCUUGACAUUGAUAGGCAAUCUUUAAAAAAAGUAGAUUCCCUUUAAUAGCACAAUCCUCACGUGUACAACCAAACUGGGUCGCCUCAUCCCGCAUACAGCAUACUUCAAUACUACAAUGACUAUAUUGAUAUUUUAGAUUAGUUCUACAUUGUACUUUAGCCGGCUUCACCGUCACAGUCACCUAUUCUAAUCGUAGGCCUGGGUGCAUGAGAUAAAACAGAUAGCUGAGUCUCAUAUUCAAUCUUCUGCUAAUAUUACGAAUAUAUUCAAACCUUUUCCCGAACCUGUUGCACUUCACCUACUUCUCUCCUAUUAUUUUUCACACUCUACUUUCCCAGUACUCUUACACGUAUAUAUUGUUGUUUAUUGCUAGAUUUCAUUGUUGAGACGUAUUUCUCGGAUGAAUGCCUCUUGAAAAUCAAUUAGGAAUUUGUAUUAUUCAUAUUUUUAUUCUUAUAUUUUGUUAUUGCUACGUACAAUGUCCGCUUUGCCGAUUUUUUAUUGUUACAGCCAAGUUGUUGUCUCCGCGCCGCCAUUCGUACAAUUGAUAUUCACCAGUUGACCCCGAGCUAGUGCUCAAAGGUCAGAUAGCACUACUUUGUGAAGUACAUGUAAUUAUAGCCGCGCCAAAGUUUAGCAAUAGGAGAUUGCAUCUAGACAGUACAAUAAUAAUGUAUCAUUCCAUCAUGAUAAGCGCACUUGCCCUGAUCAGGGACUUGAACAGUCA